GGAAAAAAAACAAACACUUAAGACCUUUUAAAAAUCUGUUCAAAUUGUCCUGGUUACCGUGAAAAACAAACAGAAAGCGCUAGAAAAAGAUUUCUUGCAUGUUCAGCAGACUAUUAUUUAAAGAUAAAAUUUAGAAUACAGAAAGUUUAAAAAUGAUGCAGCAGGAGCAAUUACUUCAAGUAGACCGACCCUGUCCGGAUCCAGAUCCGAUUGUGGCUGCGGAAAAUGAAUCGGCAGCGCCUAGCACAUACCAGAUGCGACCUACGUUGGAUCAAACGUUUAAGUCGGAACGAAUCAAGCAGAUAAUUAAUACCGUACUCAAUGAUACCUUGAGCGGUAAAAAAUACACAGCGGUCGAUGCUGCACGCUGGACCAAAACGUUAGCCGAUGAGAUAAGCCUGAAAGUGAAAGACCUGGAAAUGAAACGAUACAAACAUGUGGUGCAGGUGGUUCUAGGACAGCAACUGGGAGCUGGCUGUAAGUACAUCGCACGAUGUCGCUGGGAUGCUGAAUGUGAUAACCAAACCUCUGCAGAGUUCAAAAGUGCCACUAUCUUCUGCAUUGUCACAGUAUUUGGGCUGUAUCUUUAUUAAUAUGAUGUCGGGU